GACCAAACAUUGGAGCAGGUCAUGUGACGUGUAUUGCGGUACCCGGAAGCGGUGGUGAUGGCGGUGUAUGAGUGUACGGUGUGUCGGAAGACGGUCUUCUAUGGCCGGAGGAAACAUGUCUAUGAAAAGGGGCACCGGGAGAGGCUGCAGGCUCUGCUCCGAGCCUUCUCCGACAAGGUGGAGGCGGCCCGGAGGAUGAUUGCGGUGGCCGUGGUGGAGAAGUUCAAUCCCCUGGAACACGAGGAGAAGUAUUGGUGUCAUUGCUGUGAGGAGGAGGUGGGGAGACACAUCAGUGACGGCAGUGUAACGGUGCUGUACGGAGGAAUGCUGGAACACAUGUGCAGUCCAGAACACAAAAAAGCCGUGAACAAAUUUUGGUGGACACACCAGGCUGAUGGGAAACUAAAGGAACGUUUUUUUCUUUCCAUGGAAGAGUUUGAAAGGUUCAAAUCUUCAGUAAGCAAAGCUUUAGAAGGCUAUGAGGAAACGGAGGACGUGCUUAUUAAACAGAUGGCUGAUCAGAUUCAGAGGGUAGAGGAGAGCAGACGUGAGAUAUUACAGAAUGCCCUAGAGCCAAUACAACAUGAUGAUGGAGCUGAAGAUGAGUCUUGGGGAAACAGUGUGUAUUUGCAAUGCAGUGCAACAGCAUCCAGUUCCGGCAGUGUAUCCAGUGUACUUGAAAACCCAUCUGUGAUGCCAUCUACAUCAUUCACAUACAUUGGUAAACAGGUGGCACAUAAUAAGGGCAACAUUUACACAGAUGCUGUCCCUCCAUGGAUGAUCUGUGAUGAAGAGGACACUAUAAAACAACAAGAGAUCGGACCAGCAUUAGAAGGCUUUCUAAAACACAAAGAGAAGAUGGCGCUGAAGAAACUCCCUCCAAAGAGAGUGGGUGCAAAUUUCGAUCACAAUACCCCAACUGACGAGGGAUGGCUUCCUUCCUUUGGUAGGGUGUGGAAUAGUGGGAGGAGGUGGCAGUCCAGGCAUCAAUACAGACACGAGUCUAGCAAUACUGGGACAAAAAGGAAACGCAAUGAAGAUAUGUAAAUUUCAAGGCACUUCUUAUUUGAUACUGUGUGACCUGUAUUUAAUUGUAAAUGUUAUGUGGAUAUUAGAAGUAUUUUUACAAUGCAGUUUGCAUCCUUUAAUUUAAAGUGUUACAAAAUCCAGUGCCGACAUCUGAAUUUUCCAGUAGAUCCUUACAUUUAUUUUCUUGUCUUGUGUCUGUACAAUUUGUGAAAAAGUAAGCUUGAUAAAUGCUUUAUUUUCUAGA